UCUCCCGCUCAUUUUAAGUGUGGUUAUCAGCUGACACAUCUGCCGUAAUCAGAUCUGAUAACACCAUAAAUCUACCUGAACUCAGAGAGUCGCACACAGAAUCUGGACAGGAACCGCGGCGACAACAUGAAGCUGAGACGCUCCGUCUGCACUCUGCUGGUAUGUUGCACUGCAUUGUGGGUCAUCUCCUCUUCCUCCAAGGUUAAAGCUCCUCCUCCUGUUUGUGACUCCAUGUUGGCCUUCUCCUCUGAGGUCUCGUCCUCAUUCGAAGGAAACGGGAACAUCCACCGCAGAUCUCUGUCUCCGUGGAGCUGGAGGUCAUCCACGGUGAAGAACCGGAUCCCCUCCACCCUGUGGGAGGCCGAGUGCAGCAGCAGCUUCUGUUCCAGUCCCAACCCUGGACAGACAGACGGACACAACCUGAACUCAGUCCCCGUCUACCAGAACAUCCUGGUCCUGAACCAGCAGGACGGGAAGCGCUGUUAUACCGCCUCAUACCAAUCUGUGGCUGUCGGCUGUACCUGUGUGUGGGCCAGGAGCAGCCAAAACUGAAGCAUCUCAACCCGAACCACCUGAACCUGAACCUGAACCUGAACCCGAACCCAAACCUGAACCUGAAUCUGAACCUGAACCACUGGCUAUGUGUUGAUUAAACUCUCCUUGUUGUGUUGCAUUGAGUCGAGAUAAAAAUGAGAUAAA